GUGUACACUCGUUAGAAAUUUUGAAAUAUUGCAAAUCUGGCGAAAUUUUUACUUUCAGGUCUUCUCGGUGCAAUAUGAGUGAAGAACAGAAUAAGGCUCCAAACGUCCUUGUGGUUUAUGCGCACCUUGAACCUAAGUCAUUUAAUGGAGCUUUGAAGGAUACAAUUGUAGAUACAUUGAAAUCCCAAGGCAGUAAUGUUGUCAUCUCAGAUCUGUAUGCAAUGAAUUUCAACCCAGUGGCCUCACGGAAUGAUAUAAAAGGUGAUGGUUUAGAGUGUCCAGAAGGUUUCAAAUAUCAACAGGAGAUGGGAAAAGCUGUUGCUAAGGGUACCGUGUGCGAUGACGUCAAAGCUGAACUAGUGAAGGUCAAGGAUGCUGAUCUGAUAAUCUUUCAGUUUCCAGUGUGGUACAGUGGCUUUCCAGCAAUAAUGAAAGGUUGGCUGGAACGUGUGUUACUAGAAAACUUUGCUUUUGAUGAGCAGCAUAUGUAUGAUAGUGGCUUCAUGAAGGUUAGUCAGUUACUCUUCGGGAUAGGUGGAGAUAUUUCAAUUGUAGCUUGGAACCUCAUUUCUCCAUUCAGGUUUGUUGGCUUCGACAUCAUAAAACCACAAGUAUUUAACGCUGUGGAAUACAUCACACACCAAGACAGAACUGCAAUGCUAGACCGUUGCAAGGACAGACUGAUACAUAUGCAUACUGAAGAAUCCCUACGUUUUGUACCAACGAAGGAUUUUAAUAAAGAUGAGGGAUAUGUGUUGCCUAAGAGUGUCGUUAAUGGCCAGACUUUUGGUUUGACAAUCGGCCAACAUUUAGACUUACCUUUACCCCCGCAAGAGGAAAGUAUUUUGAUAAUGUAA